UCAUUUUUGGUUGAACUAUCCCUUUAAGUGACUGACUGCAUAUUUAAAAACAAAGAUGCUGCACAGCAAGAUGUAAAACUAUACAUGAAUUAUAGCAUUACAUUAAGCAGGCCCAGUAAACACCCUGUGCAUUAACGCUAACUAUGUAAACCUGUAAUACAUAUGGUGAUGAUGACUCAUAUGUUAUGUUAGCAGUGACACUAUUCUACUGUCCUAAUUAAUGCCACAUACAACACUGUCUCAUCAAAUGUGUCAUUUAAUCAUUGCUAUGCAUUUUUGUUAAUGUUAGAAAGCAAGAAACUGCAUGACAAUUAUAUAAUGUGCCCUAGUAAAACUAGGUUUUGUGAAGUCUGGCACUAUGGCAACGACUGUUUUGCAAAACAGCUAUUUUGAAACUUCAUGUAGAAGAUGUUCAUGUACUUAGAAUCAAAGAGAUUAUUUUCCAACAAUGUUUUUACUUAAAUGUAUAUAAUUUUAAAACAACAAGAUUUAAUUUAGCUUUGGUUCUGUAAUCAGUGUGUCAUGACCUUGAAGUAAAACUGUACAACUGACAAUUCAAUUUAAUUUCCACAAAACAUAUCUGAGAGAAUGUUAGUUAAGAAAGGAAUAUACAUAACUAAUACAUUUCUUAAAUUCAGGUUAAUUACAUUUUUAAAUAUCUUAUCAUUUAAAAUGUAAGUAAAACUAAUGCAUUAUGAAUCGCACCAUGCCAUGACUAGUUUGGCAUUUUGUUAUUACAAAUAAGCUUUUCCUCCUUCCUUACUUAUCAGUCCAGAACAAUUAAACUAAUACAUUAAUUUGACUUAACUCCCUGAAAGAAGACAUUGUACAUAACACAUGUCACUCAUCCAAAAUCCUUUCUUCUUUCUCACAGGAGAUGUGAAAGGGGUGGAGAUGGACAUGAAGUAUAUAUAUAUAUAUAUCUAGGGCUGCAGUGGAAAGAAGAGCUGGUUAAAGCAGGACUUACUGUUCACUUGCUUCAGUAAAUCAAGUUCUCGGUUCAGUCUCUCUUAAAGAAGGACAAGGACUAAAAGAUGUAAGUAAUCAACUCUGACAUUACUUCAGGCUUAUUAUCUGAUUUUAUUUUGCACAUAUUCAUUGUUUUUCUAGACCCUUAAUAACCCACCACAUGAAAAAGGUUAAGAUGACUUACCUUGCUGUCUAAUAAAUGCAGAGUUCUACAAACAUGACUAUGAUUUGAAUGCUCAUAAAUUUAAAAGCUGGAAUAUUUAGGGGAAAAGCUUUGUGGGAUACAUCAGAAAGUAUUCAGACAUUAGUUAUGAAUGAUCCACCUGAACUUUUAUUUUAUCUUUUAAUUCAUCCUUCACAAUCUUUUUUUUUUUUUUUUUUCUGACAGGAUGCCUUUUGAAAACAACCAAUGCAAAAACCUCUGCACUGUCGGCCGUUUUUCACAGGUCCAACUGCAGGCAGACGACAGCUUGAAAGGUGCAUGCUGCGCUCCGGUUUACACCAACCCUGAUGUUAACCCUUGUGCUAAGAGUUGCAUAAAAGCUUGUGUUAACCCAGGCAUCAACCCUUGCAUUAACCCUUGCAUUAACCCUUGCGCUACUCCAUACACUAAUCCUUGCAGUGUUGUCACUCCAUGCCGUGAUUAUGAAACUAAGGAAGCUGUCAUCAAAGAGUGCAUGGAUGAUUGCACAAAAACUGUCCUCCGGGUGAGUAAAAUCGAUCUUCUCAAGUGCAGGACGGGACCAAAUCGUCAGGAGCAUCACACACACUGUUUCCCUGAUGAUCACCUCAUUGUCCGCCGAGGACAGCAUUUCAAUAUGUGGGUGGAUCUGUGCCGUCCUUUCAAUCCCAGUUGUGACAAACUUCACCUGGAGCUGAAACUAGGUCAUAUCCCAUCCAUCCGGGACGGCUCUUAUGUGAUCGUUCCAAUUGUGGAAGAAUUCAAGAAAGACUGCUGGGGGGCAAAGAUUGUCGAAAAGUGUCAAAACCGAAUCAAACUGUGUGUGCACUCAAUUCCGACUGCUUGUGUUGGACGAUACCAACUCAGUGUCGUGACUCACUGUGAAGGAGGAAGAUUCAUUUUACCAUAUGUUCCUGAAAAUGACAUUUACAUGCUGUUCAACCCCUGGUGUAAAGAUGACUGUGUGUACCUGAGUGAAGAGGCAGAGAGAGUUGAGUAUGUGCUGAAUGACAUGGGCAGAAUCUACUAUGGAACUAAACAGCAGAUUGGCUGCAGAACAUGGAACUUUGGUCAAUUUGAGGAGGGAGUCUUGGCUGCAUGCUUAUAUGUGCUGGAGAAGAGUUAUGCCCCUUGCUCAGGAUGGGGAAACCCAAUUAACAUUUCCAGAGUGGUGUCAGACAUGGUUAUUGCCAACGAUGACUGUGGUGUGUUGGUGGGUAACUGGUCUAACUGCUAUGGAGAUGGAACUUCUCCUACAUCCUGGUGCGGCAGCAGUGCCAUCCUGAGACAGUACCACAAAUGUGGAGGAGUACCUGUCAAAUAUGGACAGAGCUUGGCCUUUGCUGGAGUCACCAACACACUGUUGAGGUGUUUGGGCAUUCCAGUUCGUCCCGUCUCAAACUUCUGUUCUGCUCAUGACACUGAUGUUUCUUUGACAAGUGACGUCUAUUUGGAUGAGAAAUUUCAGCUGAUUGAUCACAUGAACCAUAAUUCAAUCUGGAACUACCAUGUGUGGAAUGAGGCCUGGAUGGCUCGUCCAGACCUGCCAUCUGGUUUUGGAGGUUGGCAGGUAAUUGAUUCCACUCCUCAGCUGACCAACCAGGGAUUCUUCCGUUGCGGCCCCACCUCUGUUGCUGCCAUCCGCAGCGGACAGACCUUCCUGAAGCAUGACGUGCCCUUCAUUUUCGCCGAAGUGAACAAUGAUAAAGUUUACUGGCAGAGGCAAAGUAAUGGAACAUUUGGUGUUGUCCACGUUGAGAAGGAUGUAGUAGGUCACUGCAUCAGCACCAAGGCCGUCGGCUCAGAUCAGCGUGUAGAUAUCACAAACCUCUACAAACACCCACUGGGUUCGUCAGAGAACUGUGCUGCUUUGGAAACAGCUCUUCGUCACGGCUCCAGGAGAUGCACAUACCCACUGCCCUGUGCUGAGGAUGUUGUCUGUGAAGUCAGCCUGAAGGGUGAUGGACCGUGUGUGGGAAAUGAUGCCGUGCUCUGCAUCAAUCUGAAAAACAAAUGCAGCUCACCUCGUACCGUAACCCUCUACAGACAGGCAGCAGCCAUGUACUACACUGGAGUCAGGAAGACCUUCCUGAAGAGAGACCAGACAUGCAUCGAGCUCAAGCCCUCUGAAUGCAAACCUCUGGAAUGGACCCUGAGUUAUGACGAGUAUAAGGAGCACCUGGUGGACCACGCCCCACUGAUGCUCAACCUCUUUGGACACGUCACUCAGACUAAGCAGAUUCUGGCCACCCAGUACAGCUUCAGACUUCGCACUCCAGAUCUAGUCAUCGCUCCUGUUUGUGACGCUGUCCUGGGUCAAGAAGUGCCAGUCAAAAUCACCUUCAAGAAUCCACUGCCUUGUGUCCUAAAGAACCCUGUAUUCCGCUUUGUGGGUCUUGGACUGAAGCAUCCCAGAGUUGUUAACUAUGGUGACAUUGCAGGACAUGCCACAGUGUGUCUGACGGAGAAAUUUAUUCCCAAGUGUCACGGCCCACACAAACUUCUGGCCUCAUUCGACUGUCCUCAGCUCACUCAGGUGCACGGAUUCUCCAACAUUGUGGUCAAACAGCACUGUUGAACCAAUCGAAAAACCAAAAGAGAGGAAAUUUCCAUUGGAAAAGAAAGUGUUGUUGACUAAAUGCUUCAGUAAAACUUUCUGUGUGUUUCACAUGAUUUGCAAACUGAAUUAGCCUAACACUUUCACUUCAUCUGCUAAAGACAAAUGCUACAGUUUGAUUGUGGUCUUGAAACUUCUCCAAAUAUUGUGAUUUCCCUUCUUUAAGCAAUAUAUUGGGAUAUGGGAUUAGUAAUUCCUUCUAAUGCAUAUUAUGAUGUCUGAUUGAAAUGAAUGAAAUAAGCAUAAAAAAGCUGAGGUAUACUAAGUUUAAAACAAGUUUAAUUAUACCUGGGAGAUUCAGAUUUACAUCAUAUAAUCAUUAUCUAAUCAAUUACUAUUUCCUGGGGUCUUCUUUUAGUUAUUUUUCUCAUGCUAAUUAUGUUAAUGAAAACCUUUGAAACGCAUGUAGUUUUAAGAUGUUUAUUUACUGUUAUCUAAUCUUGUCUCUGUGCAGUCUCUGCAUUAAAACAUAUUUUAAUCGUAUUGAAUCAUGUCUGUUUAUGAUGUGAAAUUCUGAUUUAUUCUAAAUAUGGGUCAUUGACAAAUAAAGUUAAAAAAAACAAAAAAACAAAAAAACAAUGGAGAUAUAAUUAAUUUUGAAGUUUUGUUAAGUGUUAACAAUGAGAUUAUGUGGUUUUUAUAAUCAAUUAACACUGCUUUUGUCAUUUUUUACAAGAUGGACAAAAUUUGUCACCAAAAAAGUCAUUCGGUUUAACCAAAAUUUCGGUUUUACCAAAUAACACUUUUCGUUAUAGCGAAAGACGAUAUUUUCAA